UCCGACUGAGGCAUUCAAAUUCUUCCUGCCUUCUUGACCGGUACCAUUGCACAAUGUUCAGCGCCAUCCGAGUCGCCUCCAGGUCUGCGGCGUCAGCACGGACAUUCAGGAAAGCCAUUCCUGUUGCACGCGCUCCCUGGUCUACAGGAUUCGUCCGGACGCUAGUCACUAAAAGGUAUACUCAGGACCAUGAGGCUGUCAUUUUCGACGACAGCACUGGCGUUGGUGUUGUGAGCAUCACGGACUACGCACAGUCCAGUCUUGGAGAUGUUGUGUUCGUCGAGCUUCCUACAGUUGGCACUGAGGUCGCUCAGGGUGAUCAAAUUGGUGCGGUAGAGAGUGUUAAGGCGGCAUCAGAUAUAUACGCUCCCAUUUCAGGAUCAGUGGAGGAGGUGAACGGAGAGCUGAAUGGACAGCCCGGUCUGCUGAACAAGUCACCGGAAGGCGAUGGCUGGUUGUGCAAGAUCAAACUUACUGACCCUUCUGAGAUUGAAUCUCUCCUGACCGAAGAGGACUACAAGAAGCACUGCGAGUCAUAAGGUGACUGCAAUCUGCCGUAUAGGAAGGCUGGCGGAGUAGGGUCCUCAGACUUAGAGUAGAUGGCCACGCGGAUAGAUCUAGCACCGUAACAAUAUUUGCAAAAUAAUAUGGCAUCUUGUUUGUAGUCGAUCGAAAG